AUGGGUUCAAAACCAUGUUUUUGUGAAUCUCCAAAAAGUUCAAUCUAAGAAAUUAAUAUAAUAAUUCAUUAGCUUACCUAGAUACCUGCUAAUGCUCCAUAAAAACCAAUUCCAUUGUAGAUGGUGAAAUCUCUUAAAGAAGAGGACGAUUUUGGAUUAUUUUUGGUUAUGGAAUAAUAUGAGCGGUUACUCAUUAAACAUAAUAAGAGAAUUAAAUCUACAUCACCUUCUCACUAAAUUGAAAAUAAGAAUUAAGACAUUAAAACUACAUACAACUUGAAAAAACAUACAAGAAAAGUUGAUCUUAAAAAAUCAAAAUCACUAACUAACACAAAAAUAUCGACUUCAAGUAAAAGAUCUUCAGUUAAAAGUAUACUGAAAAAGAAAUCAGCCCAAAAUUAAAUAUCAUAUGAAUAAUAAAUAUCUGCUCCACAGAGAUCAAUAAAAAGUGUACAUUUUGACUUUGUACAGAGUCCUAUAAAUAUUAUUUAAAGAUAAUCACUAACUGCAAAAAAGAAAGUUUAUUUAAGGUCCGACUUAUGA